AUGAACAACACCUUGCAGACAACUCCGCAUCGAACGCCAAUUUUGGAUCUACCAGACGAAAUCCUGCUUGACAUCUUUGGCUGUUCCGAUUCGGGAUUUCCUGUUCACAACCCCUCCGAGUACCGUAAACCUUGCAUCACGGAAGCUAGCGAUCGACUCGAGUUCUUGGGAACUAACCGACUAGUCUGUCGGGCAUUCAAUAGGCUUAUCAGUCCUCUCUUGUGCCCUGUCCUGAGCGUAUCGCUUGGCUCACGGUCCAUCGACCGCUUGGAAGGCCUCUCUCGCAAUCCUCUUAUCGCCCAAGGUAUCCGCGGCAUUGCAAUAAGUCUUAUCUUUCGACCAAGUGCGAUUGCUUCAGACUUCCAAAGAUAUUAUGAUUAUGCAGACUCGGUUCUCAGGACAUUUGAAGGGGAAUGUGACUGGCAUACCGAGUUUGGAGAAUACGACCAGGACGACAUGUCUAACGACGCAAUCGUCUGGCGGAACUAUGACAACGCAUGGACAAGCAUUGGCAACAUGAGAUACAUAUGGAAAUGUCUGCUGGAAAAGAGAAGCUCCGGAGAAGAUAUUCUAGAACCUGAUGGUCUCACAGGCAGGGAAAACAAAGGACCUCAUGAAUCCAUCGCAGAAGACGAAAACCUAGAAGAAGCACAGGCUAUCUUAACAGGUUCCUUUAGCAAAUAUGUUGCGGCACAUGCAGAUCAAGUUCGCAUUAUCUCCGAUAAGUCUUUUGUUCGCAGCGUCGCGAGGGCACUGUCGCGUUGUGGCACAGUCCCCUUUGUCUGGUUCAAUGAAGACCGAAUUGGAGAAGAAGGGCCACGUUGUGAUGCAUUGACUAUCGCGACCGAUAAAGAAGCCCUUUCUCAUGUGCUAACGCAGGGACACGAAUGGCUGAGGAUUGAGAACACUCUUUGCAAAGAUGAUGACGACACCGAACUUUUCUUUCCGGCCAGCAUUCUUACUGAGCUCCCGAUUGUCUGCCAUAACGCCGCAAUACGGUUGCGAGGUAUCUCAGUCGAUUGCUUUCCUUUAUUAAAGAGCUAUUGCUGUCUCGUGCCACAAGCUGUCGGAACCGACGACAGCGUCCUAUCAGACCCCUGGGCUCGAUUUGCUGCGGCAUGCCAUUACCUUGAAAUCUUCAACUUUGGCAAACGCGGCAUGCAUUGCACACCACUACGCCCUGAACACCAGAGCGCUUCUGACUUGGCGAUUAUCAACAAUUUUAUUGGCGCAGCUAUUUCAGGGCGACAUCUGCAGGAAUUCGAACUGAGUAUGACUUCUUUGAGGGUAAGAAGGCAACGCCCAGGCGAGAUAAAAGAGGAGGAUCUCUAUGUAGCCUCGCCUAUCCUUGCCGCUAUCAAAUCUACGCAGCUACGGAACAUCAUGCUCAGCGAUGUCGACAUCUCUGGGCAGGCUCUAUUAGGUCUCGUACAGUCAGCUUCCCCCAGGCAUCUUAAAAAACUCUAUCUUAGUGGCGUGAAUCUUUCAAGUGGUCGCUAUGCAAUGGCAAUGAGUCAGCUACAUGAAAUAGUUCUGUUGAGGAGAGACAACAAUGGCUCAAAGCCUAAUAUCCAGUUCAACACUUUACAAGGCGCAGAGUUCGGAGAGCCUUCCGCAUUCGAUGACGGCGAUAAUUUAUGGAUGUAUGGGCCGGAAAAGGAGCACAAGGCCUUUUGGGACAGAGUGGAGAAGCAUCGGCACCCUGAAAAGCUUAAACAGCUUGAACAAUGGGUUUCCGAUACGUGUAAUACGGUAAUAAACCCAUUACUAGAGUCAGAAUGUGGUCAAAAUUGA